AUGUGGCUAAACAGCGGACGUAGUUUUGGCGAACACGUUGCCCGUGCGACCGAGAAGGCUGGACUAGUGGCGAACUGUCUGUCCAGAAUACUGCCUAAUCUAGGCGGGGCUGGCGGGCGCGUGCGUCGCCUCUAUGUGGCAACGGUCCACUCGGUGCUGCUAUACUCAGCACCGAUAUGGUGGCAAAAGGUUUGCAAGUCGGCCAUCCUCAGAGGAAAAAUGGAGGCCGUGCAGAGGAUUAUCGCUCUGAGGGCUUCCAGAGGUUAUAGAACCGUUGCCUACAUGGGGGCGACCACUCUGGCGGGGAUCCCAUCGGCACACCUCCUAGCGAGAUAUCACGCCGAAACAUACGAAGGGGUGUGCCAAGCCAGGAAGAGAUUGGGAUUUGUCCCACCAAACAUAAAGAGAGCCAUCAAACAACAAGGGAGAGAGGCCCUUCUCCAACACUGGAAAGACUGGGUGGAGGACCCCCGGUACAGGUGA